AUGGCCUUGAACGAUUGGUCAAGCAAAGACAGCCUUGACAUCAUGAACACACAACAUGCUCAAUAUUUCCCAAAGUUUUCCCAUUUCUACCAAAUCCAGCAGUAUUCUCGUUGCGCUACUUUGAUCCGCCAGGUACAAGAAAAAUCUACAAAGGACCACUCUCCCAUUCCAACUUACUAUAACGCCCAGUACAUGCUACUCUUGGGAGUGUGCGAACCCGAGGACAAAGCCGCUCUUUCGACCAAUGUUCACGCCGUGAAUGCUUUUCAAGCUGCAUUCAAAGACAGUCCCGGUUUGACUAGGGACGUGCACAUGCUCAUUGAAAGACUGGCAUUCAUAUCAGAAUUGGUCCAGGUACACCUUGGAGGUAUCGAUGAUGGUGGGGAACAUAGAAGAUAUAUGGACAAGAAUAUGGAGGAGUGGCUGAGAGGGAAGACUUUGAAAGAGCUGGGCUUGGAGGCUUUUAUGGUGCACUACGCCCUGCUGGAGUACACCAGGAAGAAAAUUGCGACGGCAGCCGAACGAUCGAAUCACUGGUUGGCAAAUUGUCGUGAAGUAGGAGAGCAUCUGAAGGUCAAGCCUUUAGUGCAGCAAGGAGAGUCAGGAGGCCACAUAGCUAAGGGCACCGACCAGCUCUCACCUGCGGGAACUCAUGCUGAACUACCUGCAUCGCCCAUAACAACUGGAAUUUCCACUUCAGGGGAUCUCUCCAAAGGAGGCAUAUCCAUGGAUACCGCCGGAUUGGAGGAUGUCAACCCUAAUGAUAAUGACGUAGAGAUGACAGAAGGCAAGGAUUUCAGUGUGAAGAGAUUGGAACCUGCUUCUAAGAAUUCCAUGAAGAUUUGGCCAGUUCCUCCUGCGAAAUACCGAAGAGAUUAUACGGAAGCUCUGUCAUGGACAGAACUUGAAGAAGUCCGGCUUCGCCGCAAAAAUCUGAUCGCUGAUACUUCUGAUUCAGAAGAAUGCAUGACGCCGAGUGACAGUCUAUCGCCGGAUGAGCAGCCAAUGGAAGCACCUCAAGAGCCACCAGGUGAUGUUGAUCCUAUCUUGGGAGAAAUACAAUCAAUCUUGGAGCAUAUGGAAUUGGAGAAAGCGUGA